AGUACGAACGAACGGUGUACUUGGAGUGAGUGAGUGUAGCACUGCAAGUCGAACACGUACCGACUGAACGAAUGGCUUUUCAAUGUAACGAAAAUGGUGAACUGUGCGAAAAAGUGGGCAUCGAGUAAGAACUUGGAUAACACGGACCAUGACAGAGGCUUCGGAGGAUGGUAAUUAUUUGGUGAGGGUACGGGCACAGGUGAUGACACGGGAUGACAGUUCCGGAGGUUGGGUGCCUUUGGGCGGUGGUGGUUUGGCAAAUGUUUCUGUGAGACGAAGACCUGCUGCCGCUGGAGGACACCAAUUUAGCACUACUAAUGGCACCAACAUACCCACAACCACUGUCACCCCUGCAACCUCUGCCACCAACUCCGCGCAACCCACCACUUGCACGAACACCAAUAGCCAGGGUCAUGGAUCGUCAGGUACUUCACCACCUGGUGCACCCAAGAGAAAACACGAAUACCUCAUCUUCGGGAAACGAAUUACGGAUCAGUCGGUGGUUCUUAGCUGUACUAUUAAGAAGGAUUUUGAAUACAACAAAGUCAUGCCUACAUUUCAUCACUGGCGUACAGGAGAGAAGAAAUUUGGACUUACUUUUCAGACAGCAGCAGAUGCACGUGCUUUUGAUAAAGGCGUACGGACUGCAGUUGAGGAACUUUUAGAAGGUCUGGCUGAAUCGACAUUAAACGAUGACCAAACAGGCGUUGUGGAAGACGAUGUGUUUAUGACGCUAAAUUUGCCAGUGGAUCCAAAUGAUCAACGGCAGACGUCAGACGCAUCAUGUGGAAUAGUGAGAAGGCCGACUUAUCAUUCUCAGUGUUCAGAUCUUCCUGAUCCGCACAGACCUAUACACUACAUUAGCGGACCAUCUGUAAAAGUGCCCCCGUCACAUCAUCCCCUAGAAUCAGCACAGGAUACAACGUCUGAUAAUUAUCCAUACGUACAACUUACAACGCUCAAUCACGAGUAUUUGUAUCCUGCCUUCGACGAUCAUAAAGUAGAUCGGUUGGACAGGCGAAAUUCGGCCAGCUCUCUUAAGAAGCCGGACAUUAUUGAUUCGCAGCCGACGAAAAACACCACCAAACGCAAUAUCCGCUUUCGGUGUAAACAUUGCCAAGAGUUGUAUUCUGAACAACAUAAUCCUAGAGGAUCCUGCGAAUAUGCUCCUGAUUCGAUCAAACGCGGAAUUGCCACAGUUUCCUGUCUCUCUUGCGCCCAGUGUAUGCUUUACCAUUGCAUGAGCGACGCCGAAGGUGACUUCGCCCAAAAUCCUUGCAGUUGCAGUACGGAAGAGGGAUGUGGACGUCGGUGGCUUGGCUUAGCUUUACUGUCAUUGAUUGUUCCUUGCUUGUGGAUUUACCCUCCGCUGCGAGCCGUUCACUGGUGCGGGAUGUCCUGCGGAGUCUGUGGUGGUCGCCAUCAUCCAAUGGAAUAACUGGAGGAGCCCUUUGAUAUCUCUGGCCCGUUUUCUGUCGAAUCUUCGCGUCUAAAUUCUUCGCGCAGCACCGUAGCCAACAUCUACGAAUGCCAUGAUUUGAAUAUGGGACGGUGUCAGAGAUACCAAAGGGGCAGGCAGCUACCUGUUCAUGCGCUUAUUCAUCAACGUCAUCUCUGAGGUGGAAUGACUAUGAUUUAACGAACGAGACAACCCAUGCACAAUCCGACGCAUUUAACCCUUCACUGUAAAUGUUCCGUACGUUUCAUGUCAUUUGUUAGCUUGCUGCAUUAUGUCGAUGUACCCGAACAAAAAAAUAUCCGAAUAAGCUAUUCGAUGUUUGAUUCGUUAGUAUUAACUACUAGCAGUGCUCGAAUUAACUCUCAUAAAAAAAAAAGAAAUUUUUUUGAAGAAAAUCCUAAUAUUACAACAACAAAAAAACAAGUUAAGUUUCUUUUAUAAGAGUAGAAAGACAUGGCGAGAUCUAAUACUGGAUUCCUACCUUACUGACAUUGUGACCGUUCGACAGCUCAAGUGUUUCGUAUUUGAAGACUUUUAUAACGUCACAAAGAACAUUCUAGAAAUUUAGCACGGACACGAACCACUUGAGGUUUCCAACCACCUCGAUGUCGGUAAAUUAGAAAUAUACCUUUAGAACCCGCAAAGCUUUGUUACUCGUAAGGAUUUUAUUCUGAACGUUCCCUGAUAGUCUUUUCUAGUGUUUCUACAAAUCGUUUUUUGUAACUCUGUGAUUGUUAGGAGGAAAAGACUUAAGUUAAAUAAUUUAAAUUGCAUUUGUCUUCCCUAAGUAUUUAUUUAAAUACUUGAUUCGAUCACUGCUAAGAAAGUAAAUCAAGGACCGUCAAUUCUCUGCCAAAUAUCAGCAGAACUACAUAUUGAGAAAAACUUUGGACGAGCAUUUUAAAGACUUUUGUUUUUAUUCGCAUACUCAGGUACUUUGAUAAUUUCUCCAAUGCAAAGGAUCGUUUCACGAUAAUUUUGUAAUUGUAACACGAUCCGCUUGCUUACUUCGUCCCGUUAUUAGGAAAGUUAGGCUUGAUUAACGUGAUAAAGUGGUUAAACGAGCGGAUCGAACUGACAUAAUACACUUACUCUUAAUUAAUAAUGAGCACUGCCUCAAAUUAUAGAGGACGUUUCAAAUUUCCCGAAGCAAAGUCUCGAUAGAAAUUUCUAUUAUUUAGUUUUUUUAAGUAACUCGUUUGACACUUUGCUUUUUAAAAUUUGAGGCACUGCUCCUAAAAAGUACUUCCUUUUUCAAUUUUCUUGUUCUCAGUUGACAAUCGACGUUUUUUCAAGCACAAGCAUUUUGCCGAGCGCACGACGUUAUUUCAACAAGUAUCGUUUACCUUGUACACAUGUAUCCUACCAAAUUUGGAUAAAAAUGAUGAGUACUGCUUGUAAAAAAUCAAAUGAUUCGAGCUGUGCAGUGCCAAAAUAUUUUUGCAACGAGUUGUAUUUAGACUAAAUCGCGUAAUUGGAAUUGUUUUCCGUCGUAAUGUACAGUAUUAACGUUUAAAGUACGUUCUUGCGUGUUAAAUCCAGAUGGCUUAACUAUAAUCCAAUUUCCACUUUGUGAUUUCGAUCCCCUCGCUUUUGCUGUCAGAAUGACAGAAUUUUGAGACGAGACUCUUAAGCGAUCUGUUCAUUUAUGGAAAAGAAAGAAAGUUACGAGUUUUAAAGAGAAAUUGACUGUUUUAUAAUUCUUAAAGUCUCGUCUCAAAAUUCUCUCGGCUCAGUUUUUUUUUUCACGCGAGGAGAUUUAAAUCGCCGAGGAAAACUUUGUGAAGCGCCUGUGUCCUUUUGAGUAUCCAAAUUGUUCGCUCUAAAGACUUCAUUUUGUUUCCAAGGGAUAUGGGCUAGGUUCUGCUGUACGUUUCUAGUCUAUUCAUAAGAUUUCUGCUUUAGCCUACAGACGAACUCCAAGCAGAAGUUUCGCCAUCUUCGUAUUCUUAUUUAAUACUUAGACAAUUAAAGAAUGUUCACGCGUGAAAUGCACUUAAUACAAAACGUCUCCGAGUUGUAGAAUGUAAACUGUGACUGUAUUAAUAUUCUACUUGUCGGGGAAACUAAAGCUUUUAAUUUUCAAAGAUGUGAAAUUCUGAUUUUAAAGCAUUUACAGCUUACAAAAUUUUAAUGCAUUUUAUAGUGUUUUGAAUUUAGGACGUUCAAAAUUGUAAACGUUCCGAGUUCAAAGCACUCGAAUUUAAAACCGUUUCAAGGUUAAACUUUAAAGCCCUAAAAUUUGAUUCGAGCAAGUUAGAAUUUUUUUUUCGAGGUGUCGAAAAUUGAAAAUUUUCGAAAAUUUAAAGUAUUCAAGCUUAGAAGUAUUUGAUUUUCAAAGACACGUGAAAUGUAAGUUAUUUAAAAUUUUAAAGUACUUGUACUUUUUAAUAUUUUAAAUUUGUAAUUUUAAAUUAUCAAUUUUUAAAAUUCUCAAAAUACUAAUAAAUUAAAACAUAGCUUUGUAAAAGCGUUUUAAAAUUGAGGAAUUAAAAAUUUAAAGCAUUUGAAUUUCAAAUUAAAAUAUUUACUUCAAUUCGAAUAGUGCAAAUUAGGUGGUUUUUGAAUUUAAACCCGUCAAGGUUUUAAAGUUCUCUAAAUACAAAGAAAUGAAAAAGUUUCAUUGCAAAAGCGUUAAAAUUCAAGGAGUUAAAAAACUAAAAGCAUUUUAAUUUUUAAUUAAAACGUAUACUUACAUUCAAAUGAUGUAAAGUAGGUCGUGU